GGGGGCCUAUCGCUCUCCUUUUUUUCCCGUCAGGCCUUUCGCCGAGUGGGCGGUGCUUCGAGCGAGGCCUGGGUAGUGUGUCGGCUGCGCGCGCCGCUCCCCUUGUCUCCUCUCUCUCUCUCGGGCGCUAUUUGUGCCAGCCGCGGCGGCGCGAGCGAAGAAUCCGUCCCGCACUUCCUAUUUCCCUCUCUCCUUUCCAGUAGCGGAGCGUUCCGUCGAAGGCCCCUGCGCCCCACUCCUUUUCCCCCCCUCCUCUCCGUGGUCGUCGUUUCGCGGUUCCUGCCGUUCUCACGCCUGGUUUUUGCUCGGUGGGAGGCGGACAUGUCGGCCUCAGCAACAGCCCCGGCCCCUGCAGAAGCGGCUGCUGGCGGCGGCGGCGGGGAUAAGCAACGGUCUUCUUCCGCCACCGCCACGAGCGCCGCCGCCGCCUCCUCAGCCACGGAGAGCAUCGACCUGCUGGAGAAGUGCGGCGUGUGCCGGGAGCGCCUGCGCUCGGAGCGGGACCCGCGCCUCCUGCCUUGCCUCCACACCGUCUGCAAGGAGUGCUUGAAGGCCGAGCCCGCCGCCGCCGCCGCCGGAGGGGGCAACAACAAGGAUGAGCAAGUGGUUGACUGUCCUGUGUGCAAGCACCAGUGUUACCUAAAGGAUGUAGUGGAGAACUACUUCCUGAGGGAUGGUAGCACAGAACCUCUUGGGGAUGCAAGAGAUGCCAACCAGUGCUGCACCAGUUGUGAAGACAACGCCCCUGCCACCAGCUACUGUGUGGAAUGCUCCGAGCCCCUGUGCGAGACGUGUGUGGAAGCACACCAGAGAGUCAAGUACACCAAGGACCACACUGUCCGGUCUACAGGCACCGCCAAGUCCCAGGAGAGAGAGAAGACCGUCUACUGCUCCGUCCACAAACACGAACCACUGGUGCUGUUCUGUGACACUUGUGACACCCUGACCUGCCGGGACUGUCAGCUGAAUGCGCACAAGGAUCAUCAGUACCAGUUUUUGGAGGACGCAGUCAAGAACCAGCGCAAGAUGCUGGCCUCAUUGGUCAAGCGCUUGGGCGAUAAGCAUGCCAAUCUACAGAAGUCAACCAAGGAAGUGCGUUCCUCGAUCCGGCAGGUGGCUGAUGUGCAGAAGCGAGUACAGGUCGAUGUGAAGAUGGCUAUCUUGCAGAUCAUGAAGGAGCUCAAUAAAAGGGGCAAGGUCCUGGUCAGUGAUGCACAGAAAAUUACUGAAGGGCAGCAGGAGAAGCUAGAGAGACAGCACUGGACCAUGACUAAGCUCCAGCGCCACCAGGAGCAUAUCCUGCGUUUUGCUAACUGGGCCCUGGAGAGUGACAACAACACCGCUCUGCUGCUCUCCAAAAAGUUGAUUUACUUCCAGCUGCACAGGGCUCUGAAAAUGAUUGUGGAUCCUGUGGAACCCCACGGGGACAUGAAAUUCCAGUGGGACUUAAAUGCUUGGACCAAGAGUGCGGAGACAUUUGGUCAGAUAAUCUCAGAACGGAGCGGCUUGCCAGUGCUGCCCAAUGCCCAGCCCCAAGCCAAUGCCACUUCUGGUGCUGCAUCUGGGGUCAGGCAGCCCGGUGUCCCACCUCCUCAGGGUGUCCAGCAGAUGUCUGUGCAGACAAGCAUGGCAAACAAGGGAGCCCUGCUUCAGCCUGUGCUGUCUUCCAACAGCCAGCGGCAGGCUAUCCCUGACUGCUACAUUAACGAUGCUGGUGCCUCUUCUGCAGGGCAGCCAAUGGACAUCAGUGACGGUUUCAGUGUAGAAGGAUCAUAUUCUGGUGAAGCAUCUGGAACUAAAAGGCCCCGUGGUCAAGACGGAGAGUCAGGUGUCAUGCGCAAAGUGCCCCGUGUAAGUUUGGAGCGACUGGACGUGGAUUUGACAACUGACAGCCAGCCACCUGUCUUCAAAGUCUUUCCAGGCACAUCCACUGAAGACUACAAUCUCAUUGUAAUUGAACGUGGGGCCCAGCAAGCUGCUGCUGCUGCCGCCCAACAAGCAGGACUUGCAACAGCAGCCCCUGCAGUGAAGGAGGAGCAGAUGGAAGCAGCCAUUGACCACCCUGUGGCUGCUGAAGCUAAGGACACCAAGCCCAUUGUCCUACCCCAGGAUGCACCCUUGGCAGAAGGCACUUCAGCCCCCCGGCUCAUCUCUCCCAGCGGCAGCACUAGCUCCACUACAGACAUGCAGUCCAUUCAGAGCCACGAUGGCACUGCUAAUGGGGAAGAAGCAGCUUGCUGCAGGGUCUGCCUCAAAGCUGGUGCUGUUGUAAUGUGUGAUGGGUGUAAGAAGUGCUUCCACCUGGAUUGCCACCUGCCUGCCCUUCAGGAAAUCCCCAGUCAGGACUGGAAGUGCCUGCUGUGUGAGGAACCAGUGGCAGCCCGUGAAGAAAGUGGAACUGCCUUGACUGCUGCAAUCUCCUUAGAUGGCGAGCUGAACAUUCUCAGAGAUGCCGACCAGCAGAGAUGUGAACGGGUCCUCCUUGAGCUGCUGUGUUAUGAACCUUGCAGGCCUCUUCACCGACUCUCCAACACCACGGAGGGACAGAAUACUAUCGACUUGACCUUGAUCAGAGCCAAGCUGCAAGGGAAGCUCUCACCACCCUACACCUCUCCCGAUCAGUUUGCCGAUGACGUUUGGAAGAUGUUCAGGCAGUUUAACAAGCUGACAGAGGACAAGGAGGAUGUCCAGUCCAUCAUUGUGCUGCAGCGCUUCUUUGAGUCUAAGCUUAAUGCUGUUUUUGGGGACCGCAAGUUCUCAGUGCUGGCAGACCCCAUCAAUCUGGACGAGCCACAGAGAGGAGAGAGCAGCCUUCCUUCCCACAGCUCCUCAGCUACUGAUCUGGGUGAAGUCUCUUCUUCCAAGCCCGAGGGAAGUGGCGGGGCUGAUGGAAUGGCAGCAUAACAGACACUGCCUCCUGUCAUCUGGACCAGCAUUCCAUGGAGGAGAGGCGAAGGAGGGAAGCUACCUGUUUGAAGCUGUCCUCACCUGUCUCUGCCACUCCACUCCUUCUGGUCCUUCCUUAAGCAGCCCUCUGUCCCCCUUCUGCACCUCUCUGCCUUUUUUUUAGAGUUAUUGUAGAAUUUGACUGCUUAGAUAAAUGGUUAUAAAUGGUUUGUCUCUUCCUCUUCACACUUGCUUGAUGGAUCUUAUGCCCUUGUUCUGACAGUUUGUUUUUUGUACUCAAAUGAAAACCAGGACCUUCUACCUUUGCUGUUCUUAUAUUCCUUUUUCUUUGGGAACGGGGAGCAGGCAAGGGCAGUGGCUUUUUUCUUCCAUCUCUUUUAUUUGUCCCUUUUUCUUACCCUCCCCAGCUCAGAGAAAGCUCUUGUGGCCCAUGCGUAAGGUGGAUCUUGUGACAGUUGGUUUCCAGUUUUGAAUAUGUAUACACUGAUGGUUCUUAGUUUGUCUCCUGUAGAUUCCCUACCAUACCAAGAGCCCAAGGCGCUGUGUUGCUCUGCCAGCAACUCUGCCUUGAGAUAAGGAGAGGUGACACCUAGAUUGAGGUCCCCUUGUGCCAGCUUCUAAACAUAAGACGUUUACUGCCCUCUGAUAUGACAGGUACAAUUGUUUGGGCCCCCACGAUGAGCUGUUUUCUGAGGCAAUUAUUAGUCUCACAGAAUUUUUUUACCCCCUAUGCCCCAGUAGGCUGCCUCAUUUUUUUUCAUUCUGUUAUUCAAGAGGUGCCCGCUCCAUAGGCAAAGAUAGUUGUAGUUUUAAAAAUCCAGUUUCGUCCCUUUCGUGUAGCCGUACUUUCUGGCUGUACGUAUUAUCAAAUGCUUUCUGGGCCUAGUAGUUUUUCCACACUAUCUCCCAAGAGCCAUUCUCAUGAAACUGUGCUUUUUUUGCUUAUGUAUAUUUUAGAACUUGCUUCUUCCAUGUUUGAGAAAUAAAACUCUGUUUGCGACUUGA